AUGCCGGUGACCGCUGACUUCGAAACAAUCGGAACCUAUAUAAAGCUGAAAGAUCGAACUGCUGUGGUCGGAGUUCUCCCAAAUCGUUUGAAUGAGGAUCCAUAUCAUUUUGGUUUGUUGGAAGAAAAGAAUCGAAUGGAUCUCAAGAAAGGCUGUCAAGGGUUUCGAGAUGAAGGAUAUGGUGAUUUGUUCUAUUCGUUUUUUGACUAUAUCAAGAAGACUUCUAAACAAGGAAUUCCACUUAAAGAUGUAAUUUGCUCCGAUUUCAUUUCAACUCGUCGCAAUCUAAUCUCUUUUGCUGCCUCACUGUAUUCCAGACAAUCCUUUGUAAUUCGAGCACUUCGCAAGAACGGAGUCAUUUUUCUCUGUGACAAAAGAUCUGAAAAUCAAACAUCGGAUGGUGAUGAUCCAGGAUACGGAAAGAAGUUUGAGCAGUAUAUGACAUUGAAAGACAACGGAGAACCUUAUGAUGAAGAAGAGGAAGUUUCGAAUGCAGAGUGUGUCAAAGCAGUUCUACGAACUUCUUUCAAGAAAGGAGACGAAGAAAUAAAAGUACUCUAUGCAGCUGAGAUUGAUGCUUUGGAUAGUGAUGGAAGUGUUGUUGAAAUUAAAACCGCAAGAUUUGAUCAAGAGACGUGGGUCAAACGUAGAAGUCAUUACCAUUAUCUUCAAUCAUUCCUCGGCAAUGCCCCAUUGAUUAUCCGAGGACAAGUUACAGAUGAUCAAGUUGUUUUCAAGGUCGAAAAAGUUGAAACCGAUGACAUUCUCCAUAUGAAUGUAGACUGGAAAGCAGAUGAAUCAAUGGAACAAUUGUUCAGAGUUCUUCAUGAAAUCAAGUUGAGAUUGAAGAAUGAUGAUGAAGCAAUUGUAAUUAGAAUUGGAGGCAGACACGUCUAUUAUGAAGUGGAAAACGCAAUGAAGUGCAGUUUUGUGGAUGCAAAUUUCCUUCGAUACUUCGAAUAA